CUAAAGCAAUCCGAUCGCAUCAUUUGUGUGGACCGACUAGGAAGCAGUCCUUAGGAAGUUUAGUCUCUUCCCUUCAAGUGAUACAAAAUGUUCCUCACGAAAGUCGGGUUGCUGCUACUGCUUGGUUUGUGUGGUAUUCAAGGUCAAAGGCUCGCAUCGCGAAUGUGUGAAACCUAUCGCCAGAUCAUAACCAGAAAACAAAGCUUGAUCCCGCUGACGAUCACACCGACACCGAUCGUGUACGAGAUAUACAAUUGCACCAACGUCGUCCAGCUGAUUGUGGGCGGUGAGCAGGCCAAGUAUGGCGAGUUUCCACACCACGCACUGCUCGGAUAUCCGCGAGAAACCGAUAGCACGCAGUACGACUUCCGGUGCGGCGGAACACUGAUCAGCGAUCGACACGUCCUGACCGCCGCUCACUGUUUCUCGGAAGGCAACCCGGCGGUGGUCCGCUUGGGCGAGUAUGACACGGCGAACGUGUCGGACGAGGAAGUCCAGUUCGGUAUCGCGGGUGUCCGGAAACAUCCACAGUACUCUAACACCCGAUCGUACCAUGAUAUCGCCUUGAUACGGCUCGAUCGCCAGGUGUGGCUGACGAAGUACGUGCGGCCGGCGUGUCUGUGGGAUUCGGAAAACCGCAACAUAACGAGAUAUGUGGCCACUGGAUUCGGCUACAACGAGACCAUUGGCAUCGAGCUGUCUACGACGAUGAUGAAGGUACAGCUGGACGAGUUCCCGGUGGAUGAUUGUGCGCGAGCGUUCGCCGGGCAAAAGCGCUUCCGGAACGGGGUGCAAGCUGGCCAAAUAUGCGUUGGAAGCAUCGUCGGUGGAAAGGAUACGUGUCAGGGUGACUCCGGGGGCCCUCUGCAGGUUUUGGCCAAUCCGAAAACCUGCAUCUAUCAUGUAGUCGGUAUCACGUCGACGGGCGGUGCCUGCGGUGUGGGCCACUCGAAGGCCAUCUACACGAAGGUAUCGUACUAUCUGGACUGGAUCGAGGAUAACGUUUGGGGUGCCAAUGUUCUGUGAAGGGCUGCGAGCGGCAUGCGCAGAAUCUAGUGAGCAUAUCCUACGGACGAUCGCUUGUGACGUGACGUAGAAUGACAAAUCAAAACUAAUUACGCUAAUAAUAAUGCUUAGAACCAUUGAAUAAUGGUUCAUGUAUUUAAUCGCAGCUGGAGUUUAAAUUUUCGGGUCCAUAAUUGAGUUCAGAUUCAAUAAGUAAAACCCAACCCCACACGCCAUUUAGUUGACUUCACAGAUGAACAAACAGGUGAACGUUGGCCAGGAGCAAAAGAUACAGCCAAGAACCAUAAGAGCAUGUACCUGAUUUGGAAGGAAGUCGAAACGUGGUGCACUUAACGUGGCCGUGAAAUAGCUUAACACAAUAAAUAUUGCAAAAACCUCCUUUCAAGGUUACUACAAAAGUAAACCUUCUGCCAAAUCAAACCUAAACAAUUCACCGUUAUCUUAUAAUUAGAUGAUGGAAAGUGUCAGAACGGUAUUUUGUUAGUGUCAUGUAUUGUGGUAAUUGUGAUAUGUAUUGUAAAAUUAUGGUUCAAAGUUUGUUGCAUUUUGUAAUAAUUUUCGCCA